AGCGCGCCUGACAGAACGCGCGCAGCGCAACUAUUUUGGAAUUCUUUUCGCGCGUCAAUUUGUUCGAAUCAAAACAGUUUGGGAUUUUAUGAAUAUUUGCGUGCACGAUGAACAGCUGUUACGUUGCAAGCAUGAGAAGAUCGCGUCACCAGAGCGCACUGACGGCUCAAGUGUUUCAGUGCAUUGGUGACACCACCUAACGCGUGAAGUCUGGAAAAACUAACCUGGCUGUCAGAAAGAUGGACUCAGAAUGGGUGUAACUCAGGCCAAUGCAACGAAGGAGGAUGCCAACAUCACCAUCACCGCAUGGUCGUACACGGAGACGGCCGCCGCGUUCAUCAUCCUCUUGGUUUCCGUCAUCAUUCUGGUCACCAUUGUUGGAAACGUUCUGGUCAUCGUGGCGGUUCUGACCAGCCGCGCUCUCCGCGCGCCACAGAACCUCUUCCUCGUGUCGCUCGCGUGCGCGGACAUCCUCGUGGCCACGCUAGUCAUCCCGUUCUCCCUCGCCAACGAGAUCAUGGGAUACUGGUACUUCGGCAGCACCUGGUGCGCGUUUUACCUGGCUUUGGAUGUUCUGUUCUGCACGUCGUCCAUCGUGCAUCUGUGCGCCAUCAGUUUGGAUAGGUACUGGUCCGUCACCAAAGCGGUGAGCUACAACUUGAAAAGAACCCCGAAGCGCAUCAAAAGCAUGAUCGCGGUGGUGUGGGUCAUUUCAGCCAUCAUCUCAUUCCCACCUCUCAUCAUGACCAAGCACAACGAGAAGGAGUGUUUAAUAAACGACGAGACCUGGUACAUCCUCUCCUCGUGCCUGGUGUCGUUUUUCGCACCGGGGUUCAUCAUGAUCACAGUGUACUGCAAAAUCUACCGCGUCGCCAAACAGCGUUCGUCCACAGUAUUCGUGGCCAAGAACGGGUUGGAGAGGCAUCCUUCCCAGUCCGAGACGUGCUUUGUGAGAAAAGAUAAGUUUGAGAAAGAGUCUCCGAGCAGCAACAGCUCGGAAAGCAACCAGAGACAGGAGGAGCUAGACGAUAUCGACUUGGAGGAGAGCGCGACGUCCGACAACAAACCCAAGAGCUCGCGCUUCUCCAAGCGCAAGCGGGUUGACGGCGCGCGCUGCUGCCCGCAGAGGACCUGCCGGAUCUCCUGGGUUUCCAACCAAGAGCAGAGCAGCAAACAGCUCGCGGUGGCGUCGAAAACCAAACUGGCUCAGAUGCGGGAGAAACGCUUCACCUUCGUUCUGGCUGUGGUCAUGGGGGUGUUUGUCCUCUGCUGGUUCCCUUUUUUCUUCACCUACAGUCUCCAGGCCAUCUGCGGGCAGAGCUGCGAGCCGCCCGAGGCGCUUUUCAAGCUCUUCUUUUGGAUUGGUUACUGCAACAGCUCAGUGAAUCCCAUAAUUUACACGAUUUUCAACAGGGACUUCAGAAAGGCUUUUAAGAAAAUCGUUUGCUUGACUGCGCAGCGCACCUAAGAGACUCGUAUUUCGACUCUUUAGUCACGAUAAAAAUGCAUGAAUGUCAUCAGAAAUCAAACCAAGUGGAAUCUGCAAACUAAUUAUGGCCUUUUCCAUAGGACUUGCAUUAAUUAUCAUAUCCAAAUUUAUUU